AUGUCGACCAAAAAGCUGGGUCGACAAAUAUAUGAUGAUGAGGGGCACUCGAUGGCGCUGGGAGGAUCGAGGAGCUCGGUAUGGAUCAAUCGCCAGCCUCUUGGUAUGGUGGUAGAGACUGGACGGAAGGAGCUCAAUAAGGCUGAUCGAUCCCAAACCAAGGGCCUGGUGAAUCGGCAGUGGGAUGAGCCCUUGCCAGCUGCUCGGGAAGUGGAGGCUCCCUCUCCGACGGAUAUGCAGGUGGAGAAGGUGACGGAGCGAUCGCCGAUGAGACGUCAUAGUCCCAGGGGCUUCGUCAUUAAUCGAGCUCCCAAAGUUAAGCUUGGUGGCGGCGGGAAACAGAAGCUGAUGACGCCAACGAAGGUGAAGGAUGUUUUGGACCUUUUGUAA